AUGGCGGUGCUUAUUGUAUUGCUAGUGACAGUCCUGGUCGCUCUCUUAGCAUUGCUCUACAAAUGGUCGGUAGCCAAGUACGAUACGUUUACCCAACGGGGUGUGCCGCAUGCUUCUCCGUUGCCACUUCUGGGCAAUGUGCCACCGAAAGGCGUAGUGGGCCGCCUGCCAUUUUUGCAGUUCAUGAUUGAACAACAUUUAAGAUAUACGGACCACAAAAUCUAUGGUGUCUAUGCUAUGCGGGAUCCCCUGUUCUUUAUAAAAGAUGCGGCACUUAUUAAAGCUAUUGGGAUUAGAGACUUUGAUUACUUUGUGAACCAUAAGGCAAUACCCAAUAACUUGCAAGAAUCCAUACUCUCCAAGAGUCUCAUCUCACUGAAGGACCUCGAAUGGCGUCAAGUUCGGCACACACUAACGCCCACAUUCACAAGCAGCAAGAUGCGUGUUAUGUUCGAGCUAAUCCAUGCGUGCAGUGUGCAGGCCAUCAAUGGCAUCGGUGAGAAAUUGGAACGCAGCGCAUCCUUACACAGCGAUGGCAUUGAGCUGGAAAUGAAGGACGUGUUCACGCGUUUUGCUAACGAUUGCAUAGCAACUGUAGCCUUUGGACUGCAGGUGAACUCAUUUAAACAGAGGAGCAAUGAGUUUUAUACGGUUGGACAGGCACUGACCCAAUUCAGCGCCUGGAGUAUGCUUAAAGCGGUACUCUAUUCAAUAAUGCCGAGUGUUAUGAAGAAAUUGAACAUUUCAGUUCUCAAAAAGGAACACGUUGAUUACUUUAAGAGUCUGGUAUUUGAUGCCAUCAGGCAACGGAAGCAGCAGAAUUUCAAACGGCCCGACUUGAUACAAUUGUUAAUGCAGGCUCAGGAGCAGAUCACUAGAACAACAACCACUAAUGCUGAAGAGAAGCCUGAGGGACUAACGGAUGAGGAUGUAUUGGCGCAGUGUCUGUUCUUCUUCUUUGCGGGCUUUGAGACUAUUUCCAUUACAUUAUGUUUUGCAACCUACGAGCUGUGCAUGAAUCCUUUGGUGCAGUCAAAGUUGUUUGAAGAAAUUUCAGAUAUGCAGAAUCACCUAGAAGGGAAACCGUUGGAUUAUAAUGAUUUGAACAAAAUGGACUAUUUAGAUAUGGUCGUAUCGGAAACUCUGCGUAAAUGGCCAACCGCUAUUGCCACAGAUCGUGAAUGUGCCAAGGAUUAUGAUUUGCGAGAUGAAAACGAUGAGGUAGUGCUAUCGUUGAGAAAAGGCGAGGUCGUGCAAAUACCUAUAUUUGCAUUACACCAUGACCCCGAGAAUUUUCCAGAGCCUCAAGAAUUUAGACCGGAGCGUUUCUCGGAUGAACACAACUCCGAGAUCAAGCCGUAUACAUAUUUGCCAUUUGGUUUGGGCCCACGUAGUUGUAUUGGCAACAGAUUGGCAGUAAUGGAGCUCAAGCUUAUGAUCUAUAACUUAGUAUUGGAUUAUAAUCUGUUACCGGCGACUAAGACGGUUACAAAUAUGCUCCAGAGCAUUGUGGGCUUCCGUUUGCAGCCCAAGGAGCUCUUCUGGCUGAAAUGUGUGCCACGGAAAACUAAUUGAAUCAUAGUGGUAAAAACUAUCGUCGAAGUUUCACACCAAGUCGCUCCUUAAUUAAUCAAGGCGUGCUAGUUUAAUUAAAACUUAUUUGUAGUUUGAAAUGCUCGCUACAAUUUUCAUUAAUCAAGUCAAAGUUCAAGUGGUUUUGCAGAGAGUGUGCUUUGUGCGCCUUAAUUUAUAUUUUCUAAGGCAGCUGCAAAUGUUUUAGUUAAUUAAACGUCAAUUAUGUCAAAUGCAGUCUUGUGGUCUUAAGUCGCCUUUGAAGUGGUCAACUAAUAAUACAGAUAUUGAAGGGGAACUUGCAGCGCAACAAAGUCCGACUGUAUCCUUUUUUCAAACUAAAAUAGAUGAGAAGUGACAUUUAUGCAUUCGAAUCCAUUAGUAGCUCUACUUAGACUUUUCGCACAAACACAUACAUAGCAGUAACGAAUAAAGAAUAAAUAUAUACUUGUAUUUAUUUAUAUACAUAUAUAUAUAAUACCUAUCAAAAUGGCCGCAACAUUUGCAACUGACUGCUGAGCAGUUUAAUUUUUGGAAAAGUAUUUUGCCAAACUUUUGACAUUUUGUUAUUUAUGUGCUUUUAGGUAUUUAGGCGAAAAGUUUGUGUUCUCCGUUUGUUUCUGGACAAUAACUAAGCAGUUAAUACGAUAUUGAUUUAUUUGCUGGCUGGCCUCUCCUUUUUGUUGUUUUUCUUGUUUGAGGCCAGCAGCUGUUA